GUACGGCUUCCUCCCUCACUCUCACUCACUUUUUUAUUUGUAAAUUUUAUCAAAAUGGCUGGCACUAAACGCGCUUCUCCUGGGGACGAGGAUGAGAAGAAUUAUCCGAUUUCAGAUGUCGUUUUGACCGAGGAAGAUGCUGCAAAAUUGACUCAAGUCCGCAAGGACUUACAACGGGCGGAGGUCAUACUGGAGCGUAAUGCGCAAAUCAUGCUCACCCCCGUGUACCAGAAACGCCGCCCUGUUGUCAAGGCUAUCCCAAAGUUUUGGCCAAUUGCCCUGAUGAACCACGCCAUGUUCGCAAUUCAUGUUCAACACAAGGCUGACCAGCUUGCUUUGAGCUAUCUUGAAGACCUUUGGGUUGAACGCGACUCCAAAGAGCCCAGGUGUUUUACCCUUGAGUUUCACUUCAAGGAGAAUCCUCAUUUCACCAACACCGUGUUGAAGAAGGAGUAUAAAUAUGUUCCCUCAAAGGCUGUUGCUGACGAGAAGCCUGAUGCUGAGGGGCUCACACCCUCCGCGCUCGAAUUUUCUUGGGAGCAAGAUGUCAAACCUUCUUCAAUGAAGAUUGACUGGAAAGACGCCGCUAAUGCUCUGACAAAGCUAUACCCCAGAGAAAAGGGCGAGGACGAUGACGACGAUCCUGCGGAGUCCGGCAGCUUCUUCAAUUACUUUGAACACGAGGAUGAUCCAUUUGAGAUUGGACUCAACAUAACCAAUGAGGUUUUCCCUGAGGCUGUUGAUUACUUCCUUGGUGAAGCCGGUGGUGAUCUUGACUCGGAUGACGAGGAAGAUGAGGAAGAUGAGGAUGCGGAUGAGAUUGACUUGGAGCAGCCCAAGUCCAAAAAGCAAAAGGUUUAAAGGAUUUUUAAUCUUUUGUAUACCCAAAACAAUACUGUCGCCUGCGGGACCAUAUCUACGUAUCAGCUUUGGAGCGAUCAUCUAGUCAUUGUAUACAUGCAUGCAGUUUGCCGUACGGCACAUUAUUAUUGCCGAUUUUAAGUGAAAUCAACCCAACU